AUGACGCGCAGCUGCUUCAGGCUCGGCGGGGACAUUAUCUGCCAGCUGGCUUUUGGGUACCCUCUGAACACGCAGACCGAGCCGACCAAUCGGCCUUUCUUGGGGGCGAUGGAAGCUAUCAACUCGCGGUGGCUUGGUAAGAAGCGUGUCGCGGAUUUUCGCAAAUCGGUGUUCACGAUGAUCCACACUCGAACCGCCAUGGAGAAGGAUGCUAAGCAUGAUCUCUACGCCAUCGCUCUCAGCGAUAAGGGUACAGGCAGAGGCGACUCGUCCGACGACGGCGUUCAUGGAAGCGAGCUAUGGGCCGAGGCUACAUUCUUCAUCAAUGCAGGUGAGAGCCAUUCAAUCACUCUUGUCCUUACUCCUAGGAACUGA